AUGCUGAAGGCGAGAAUCUAUAUUUCGUGGUCCGGCGACAGCAAGCUGGCAGUCCAGCAAAUCGUAAACUCGAGGCAUUUUGCUUCAAAGGGAUUGCCACCACAUUAUUUGGGGUCAGCCAAUGACAGCCACAAAGUUGCGACUUCCUACAAGUUACAACCACCAUCGUUCGUCCAGUUACUUCUUUCCUUUGAAGAUCCACCCCUUCUCUAUGGAUAUCCGAUUAUGAGAGUCUUUGUCGAGUACUGUGCAAGAUGUGCACGGCCAUUGGGAGUCAUCGGGGCUCGAUCGAGACAGAACAUUCCUGGAGUGGCUGUCCGUACGUUCACGACAAAGUCUACACUUCGACAAGAUGAAUCUGCUGUCCCUAUAUCAGAAGCUGAAGCUGCUUCGCCCAUGAAGAGAGUAUUUGACCGUCUAAAGCGUCAUGCCAGCCAUCUUUCACGACAGGGUCAACGUUCAUCGAUGACCUGGAUAGCACAGGGUAAUCCUGCUCUUGUGAAACCCGAAGAGAUACUACCGUAUAUUGUGGAUUACUGCGAUGAAAAGCCUGAAAAGAUUCGCACGAUUGUACUACUGGCAACUCCAGCCUUGUCACAUUUUCUGGAACCGGAACGGUUGCUCAAGCCUCUAAUCGAAGCGCUUUAUCGCGAUGUGACAUAUUACAAAGGCAGGCCCAACGUGUUCCAUGUCAAUACUGUCACUGCUGUGGUUGACGCAAUACCUGUGCCUCGCAGUGCCGAGACCAAAGCAACCCUUGCAACCGCAGAAGGCCUGUCAUUGUUGAUGAGCGGCGCACCUCCCGCCAACAAAGCAGUUGAUGAUGAGGACAACCCUGCUAAUAUGAGGUUCAUCUCCAACGCUACUUCUACCAGCUUGACAGGAUCAGGGAGACCUGUCAAUCGACAUGUUUCCCUUCCCGUCGCGAAUACACUCUUCGUCAACGGGCAGAAAACCACAUUUAUGCAACACGAUUGGAGAAUCAGAGCCCUGCGCCUUGGAUCGUCGGUUUUCCUGCUCUCGCAAAACCACCGUCAGUACGUGAAGGUCCGGAUACAGUGUGAGGCGGACGAGUUUCUUGGCGGCCACAUUCCUCUACAACCGUUGACGUCCGAGCGGAGGAUCACCAAAUCAAUGGGGAAUAUCCUGGCACAGAUACAAAUCGAUGGAAAUGCCGUGCCUGCAUCAAAGGAGCUUGAGACGGCGGUCCCAGACUAUUUAGCGUCAAAUUCAGGUGUUACGCAGGGCCCUGGUCUCGUCUAUGCCUUGAUUCGACCACCCAAUCUACAACAAGCUGCAAAUGAAGAAGUCGCCACAGAUGGGCCUUCAUCCGCACUGUCUCUAGCACUCUGGCGAGGUGUAAGGCUACACAAAGUGACGGGUGGCGGUGGUGGCUGGGGCAAGAAGCAAGGUCUCCUGUCGCUAGACGCUGCAUAUGACUUCAAGAAUUCCAGUCUUGCUGGGAAGACUAUACACUUUCCCGAUCCCGACGACGAUGACUCCAUGCCAACUCUGAAAGUUUCCCAGGAUACGAUCCCAGACGGGAGUACUGUGGAGUUUCUGGUGAGGACAGAUGCUGAGACAUGGAGGACCGAGGCCGAGGCCGCGGAUCCCAAAGAACAGCCACCAGUCCAUGACAGACAGUCCGAUUUGCCGCACAAAACAAGGAAAUGGGUGUUUGGCACGGCCAAAGCACCAGAGACACAUGUUCAUCAUCCAGAGAACUCGGAUGAAAAAUCCUCUGGGGUUCUCUUCUUCCCUAAUUACUUCGGCAUGGUCUCAUUCUCAGGGGCCGCCUUCGGCUCUGAGGAGGUGCCUCACCCAGACGAGGUCUACUCCCCCGAUUGUCCACCUUUUCGGCGGACUCGAACCUUGGUUGAUGUUCCUGAUGUACGCCUCAACUUUGUUUCAUAGUGUGGCCACGUUGAGCGCACUCCGUACAGGUCGAAGGGGCUCGCACGAAGAAGCCGUAUUGACGACGUUUCUCGAGCCAGAAGUCAGCAGGCCUAGUGCUGCGUCACUGCAACACCCUCAUAACCAGGAAGGGUGACCUGAGAUGGACGUGGGAAUCCCGUCGUCGUCAAGUCACACAUUGGCCAUUAAGGAGCCAUACGAUUGCCGAAACCUCAUGACUGCGAUUCGAGCACGUCCACAUCGAGU